UUGUUUUUUGUUUGUUCGAGACCAUUUUUCUUCUCUCUUCUCUUUUAACAUUCUCGUUAUUUUCUUUUAAAUAAUUUAUGGCCAAUUUGUCAAAUGAUGGAAUUGUUUGUGUUGAAACUAUAAACUUUAUUAUGGCCAAAAAAAAUAAAAUAAUAAUACUUCCGUUUUGCUCACUCAUUCUCUUUUAGUUCAACAAACACCCACCCUCUAAUACUUCUUUUUUUAAUAAAUAAAUACAUUUUGCGCAUUCACGUCAGUCUAUAUUUUUUAUUUAAUUUUUUAUUCCAUUUAAAGAUAUAUAAUUUUAUUUUCUUUAAUUAUUUAGUUGAAUUCUCGGGAAUUGAAUUUUUAAUUAAGUUUUAUAUAUUUAUUUAUUUCCGUUUUUUGACUUUAAUAAAAUUUAUAAUUCUUUUAUUAAUUCAAAAGAAUUUUUAUAGUAAUUAUAAGAAAGUCACAAAUCUGAGGGAAAUUUAGCAAGAAUUAAUUUAUUUCUUUAAAUCUUUUUACUCUUAAAGUAUCCUCACUUUAUAUCAGAGGUGAGUCGGAAAUGACGAAGGUGCCGGAACUCGGAAUUCCGACCCACCUCUGCUUUAUAUUCAAGUUUUCGUCUAUUUCCUAUAUUUUCUGUAAUUUAAAUAUUUUAAUAAAUUAUUCGAAAAUUUAAUUUUUAAUUAUUUUUAGAGAUGUCUAAAAAUAAUAACAAUACUAAUAGUUCUUCAUCUUUCUGUUCUGCAAGUACUUCCUGUUGUUUUUCACCUCCUUAUUCCCCCAAAACAAAAGAAAAUCUUGAACAUGAGGAUAGCGGUUUUCUCUCUUGUUGGCAAAUGGAUGAGGGCGGAAAUGAGAAGGUUUCAAUGGAGAAUUUUGCUUUGAUUAGAGUUCUUGGAAAGGGGGCUUAUGGAAAAGUAUUUCUCGUUAGAAGGAUAGGUGGGCAAGAUAGUGGACGUUAUUAUGCUAUGAAGGUGCUAAAAAAGACUCGAGUAACGCAAAAACAAAAAACACUUGAACACACAUUAGCUGAAAGAAAAGUUUUGGAAAGAUUGAAAGGAUUACCUUUUUUGGUAAAUAUGGUUUAUGCCUUCCAAACAGAUACAAAAUUACAUAUCGUUAUGGAAUUUGUUCGUGGAGGAGAACUUUUUACACAUUUAUGUAAAAGAAAAAAAUUUGAUUUGUCAACAGCUAGAUUUAUUUUGGCAGAAAUUGCUUUAGCAUUAGAAAAUGUUCAUAAAGCGGGUGUUAUUUAUAGAGAUUUAAAAUUAGAAAAUAUUUUAUUGGAUGAGGAGGGGCAUAUUAAAUUAACUGAUUUUGGACUUUCUAAGGCUUUUGAAGUUGAUGAAAAUGCUACAAAUUCUUAUUGUGGAACUAUUGAAUAUAUGUCUCCAGAGAUUAUUCGCCGUACAUCUGAUGGAUAUACUCAAGUUGUUGAUUGGUGGAGUUUUGGAGUUAUUGCUUUUGAAUUAUUAACUGGAUGUUCUCCAUUUACGGUUGAUGGUGACCAGAACAGCACAUCAGAUAUUGCAAGACGUAUUCUCACUAAACGUGUGCCUUUUCCCAAAAGUAUGGAUCCUUCAGCUCGCGAUUUAAUUUUUGCGUUGUUAAAUAAAGAUCCAAAUCAAAGAUUGGGAGCUAAGGAAGGUUUAGAGGAAAUUAAAAAAGCAAAAUUCUUUGCUCCCAUUAAUUGGUCAGCAGUAGAAAAACGUGAAAUGCCUGGACCGUUAAAACCAAACAUUACUGGAGGACAAACUGACGUUGAAAAUUUUGCUUCUGAGUUCACUGCACAAACACCAUUAUUCUCCCCAGCAGAAAAACCUUCACAAGAAUUUCAUAAAUUUUUUAGAGGAUAUUCUUUUGUUUCGCCUUCUGUUAUUUUCUCAAAUGAUAAUGUAAUUGGUCAAGAAUGCCUCGAAGAAUCUGUCCAACUUUUAACUUCAAACAAUUCUGCCUUCUUUUCAAAAUAUAAAUUAGACACAACUCCUCAGGGAUUCCUUGGACGUGGUUCUUUUUCUGUUUGUAGAAAAUGUCAAAGAUUAAGUGAUGGAAAAGAAUUUGCUGUUAAAAUUGUUUCGCAAAGAUUUGCAAAUCAAGCAAUUAGGGAAGUUCGAAUAUUGGAAACAUUAAAUCCCCAUCCACAUAUCGUUCCAUUAAUUGAAGCAAUAUCUGAUCAAUUUCAUUAUUAUAUAGUUUUGGAAAAAUUGGAAGGAGGGGAAUUAUUGGAUCGGUUAAGAAGAAUGGAAAAAUUUACAGAAAUUCAAGCAGCAGAAAUAAUGACUCAAUUAGUUUCUUCAUUACGGCAUAUGCAUUCAAAAGAUAUUGUUCAUAGAGAUUUGAAGCCUGAAAAUAUUCUUUUUGCUAGUAGUGAACCUGGCAAUUAUUCUCUUCGCCUUGUUGAUUUUGGAUUUGCAAGAAUUCUCCCUUCUACUAUGCGUGGAAAUAGUGGAAGUUUUUCUUCGUCAACAAAAAAUUUAAUUACUCCUCUUUGUGGGACAUUACAUUAUGCAGCUCCUGAAGUUUUGGAAAUUGAAGAUGAAUUACCACAAUAUAAUCAACAAUGUGAUUUGUGGAGUCUUGGUGUUGUUUUGUUUACUUUACUUUCUGGAAAAGUACCUUUUCAUGCUAAAAGUCAAGCUGAAUCAGCUGCUGAUAUUAUUGCAAGAAUUAAAAGGGCUGAAUUUUCUUUUGAAGGGCCAGUUUGGGGAAUGGUAUCUGAACCGGCUAAAGAUUUAAUCACCGGUCUUCUAACAGUAGACCCAACACGUAGAUUAUCCCUUGCUCAAGUAGCAAAACAUCCAUGGUUAGAUUCAGCAAAAACUCCAGAAUCUUCUGCAUAUACAGCAACAGAAUUACCUACCCCAACAAUUUUACCUCGAAGUGCCGAUGAAACUUUUAACGCAACAAUUUCAGCUUUUAUUUCAGCUUCACGUGAAGGAUUUCAAUUAAUGGAUGUUUAUACAGCACCUUUAUUAGUUAAAAGAAGGGGAAUUAAAAGACAAAGAGUUGGAGGAGAAAAUAUUGAAGAUGAAGGAAGAAAAGGAGGAGGGGAAUUAAUAAAUGAAAAUGAAGGGAUGAAUGAAGAAGAACAAAAUAAUGAAAGACAAAUUGGUUUUGGAAAACAACCAGCACUUUGUUCGGUACCAGAAGGUUCUGAAACAUGUUCACCACCAACCAUUCGUCGUCCAACAACUUUAAAUGUUUUUAGCCAAGAAGAUAAUUUAAAUAUUCAACAACAACAACAACAUUCACUUCCCCAAAUAAAUAAUACAAAAAUUGUUGGAAAUUCUUCAGUUUUUACAGAAUAUAGAGAUACAAAACCUUCAUAUCUAAAAUAUAGCAGAGAUGAUGUUGGGGGAAAUAAUUCAAUAAAUAAUAAUGAUUUUGAGAAGAAACCGAUGAAAGCUAAAUUUUUUGUUGAAGAAAAUAGUAGUAGCAGUAACAGUAAUGAAGAUAAUUAA